AAGAAACUGUCUGCUCAGCUAGCAAUUCCAAAGCUUACAACUCGCCCCCUUCGAAAUACACUCAAUUGACAAAUACCAACAACCUAAUUUUCAUUUCCCUCUUUUUACAAUGCGCCUCUUUUUACUGCUUCAGCAGUUACUUUUACUUGUCAUUGCUAGGCAAGUCCAGAGCCAUGUUACGCCACGCACGUUCAAGAUCAUGCCCGGGUGCAAUGCAGCACAAACCGAAAUCAUCCUCAAAGAGAUAGACAUCGCCAAGAAAGCAGCCGAAUUCGCAGCUGAAAAACUCACCAAGUAUCCUUACUUCCAUGCGUUCCAAGAGCCGACUGCCUUUGAUAAGAAGGAACUUGAAAACACGGGCAAGGAGGUCUUCACUCGCAUUGCAGCAAUGCUGGAUGGAUUCCACAUGGACAACAAGUUUACUAUCAGAUGCGGCGGCGAAUAUUGCGGCAGGGUAAGGGCCUCAUCAGCUGCAGUAACAGUCACAAAGUUGGAUGGGACUACAGACCCUAUUGUGUCAUUUUGCAAGUUGUUUUUUGAGCCUAGUUGGUCGACACAAGACCAUCUAGAACGAUACAAAAAGGCAAUAGGCAAUUACCCUCUUUAUACGGACAGAUGGUCUGGAAGGGUAAACAUGCAGGACGUCAGCAACUCAAGAGCCAAUGUGAUCCUGCAUGAACUCACGCAUACAACCUAUGUGGCAAUGCCGAUUAAGAAGCUGCUUGGUCGAGAAGCUGAAGAAGAGCUAUUUGUUACUGACGACAUUGUUCAUAACGCACCGCUGUGCUACAAGUUGGCUCGAGGUUAUCACGAUAAGUCAAUGAAGCAGGUGGAGCCGUCAGAUCGGAAGAAGGGGGCACGGAAGGCUGCUGAAAAUGCAGAGAACUGGGCUCUUAUCGCUUCAGGCAUGUACAUGUCAAAAGAGUUAGGGGUAAAGCAAAUCCCUAUUAAAGGCAUCGCAGAUUAUAAAUGGGAGAACCCUCGCAGAGCCGCUUCAUAAUGCAAAGGAGCAAUUCAAGAGUAAGGGAGAGAACUUCAUUCUAGGUUUUACGGAAAGGAUCAAUAAGUCAUCCCCAACACGCUGUAAACAGU